AACGCUCGGCGAGUCAUUUGGCGACGUGUACCCGGUGUGGAACUUGUCAGGUAUCUGCUGGAUAAUAAUCUGCCAUAAACACCUCAAAAAGCCUUACGAAAGCGACACAAUGGGGGGGUCACAGAGUGUGGAGAUCCCGGGGGGAGGCUCCGAGGGGUACCACGUCCUCCGGGUUCAGGAAAAUUCUCCCGGACACCGCGCAGGACUGGAGCCUUUCUUCGACUUCAUUGUCUCUAUCAAUAACACUAGAUUGAACAAAGACAACGACACCUUGAAGGACCUACUCAAAGCCAGUGUGGAGAAACCGGUGAAGAUGCUUGUUUACUCGUCAAAGACCCUGGAGCUGAGAGAAUCCACUGUGACUCCCAGCAAUCUCUGGGGAGGGCAGGGUUUACUGGGUGUGUCUAUCCGCUUCUGUAGCUUUGAAGGAGCAAAUGAAAACGUCUGGCAUGUGCUGGAAGUGGAGCCUAAUUCCCCAGCCGCCCUCGCUGGCUUGCGACCGCACACCGACUACAUCAUUGGAGCAGAUACUGUCAUGAAUGAGUCAGAAGACCUGUUCUCUCUGAUAGAGAGCCACGAGGGGAAAGGCCUGAAGCUCUAUGUGUACAACACGGACACUGACAACUGCAGAGAAGUGGUCAUCACACCCAACGGUUCCUGGGGUGGAGAGGGAAGCUUGGGUUGUGGAAUUGGCUACGGAUACCUUCACAGGAUUCCUACCCGGCCCUUUGAAGAGGGGAAGAUGAUCAGCUUCCCUGGCAAUGCUCCCAGCGAUCCUGUCAGUCCGCUGAAGGAUGGAUUCACUGAGGUCCAGCUUUCAGCAGUGACCCCUCCUCCUACUGUGUCCACAGUCCCCACAGGCAUAGAAAAUUCAUUGUCUGGUCUGUCAAUAAGCACAGCCCCGCCUACUAUGGCCAGUGAGCUGCAAACAGGUUUGCCUACAGUCCCUCUGCUUCCUUCCUCAACUAGUCCCUCUCUCAGCCCCCUCACUCCACUGAAUCCAGCAUCUGCCAGCUUCAACCCCACCACCACACUACCAGGUCUGAUGCCCCUGCCGCUUCCUAACCUGAACCUUCCACUCCCAGACCUCAGUGCUUUGUCACUAGCAGGCACUAGCCCCUUACCGCCAUCAAUAGGAACAUCAGUUCCACCUCUGGCCCAAUUCCCACCCCUCAACCUUCCAGGUCUGGCCACGUUGCCCCCCCUACCGGCCAUGCUGCCUUCCCAGCUGCCUCCUCUCCUCUCACAGGGAGUGACUCCCCUUUUGCCCAACUCCACUAAUGCCCUGUCAGCCACAGUCACAUCGCCUGUGACUGACCCAGCUCCUGCCUUCAUUCCACCCACAGAUGCAGCCUCCACAAACGCAACAGAAUCACUGGCCCCUACGGAAACAACAUUAAUAUCUUCGUAAUUUUGGAAAGAAGAUCCCACUUAUCAUCAAACCAAAACACACGCCUGGUUUCUCUCUGUCCCCGCCUGUUUUUCUAUUUAUUUGGCCAAUAAGGACGGGCAGAUAGCUGCACCGAUUCAGAAGCAGAAGUCAGCUUAGUUGAAGCAAUGAAGGAAGAAGAAUGGAGGAUGGAUGCAGAUGAUCAUACCAAACUCUUUAUUACCAGAUUCUCUUGGAGCAUAGGAAAGCAGCAGGAGUGCACAGUUUGUAGUUCAUGUUACAAGGGAAACAAUCUUGGGAUUGUCUGCUUUUGAGAUCUGGCGAUGCUGUGUCACGCGAUUUUAUAAAAUCUAUAGUUUAUAGGGACUGGAUGAUAAAUCAAAUGUAAAUAGUAACGCUUAUAUAAUGUGAUUAUAUGACUACGAAAAGUAAUAGUACAAACAAUGAGAGGAUGUGUGGUGGAACAUUGAGCCACUCCGCGCAGAAAAAUAUUAAUCCAAGUUGUAGAGUUUGAGUCUUAUCGUCCAGUCCCUUUUGUAUAACCUUUUGUUACUAGACCUCCUACUAAUAACUUAAUUUGAUUCCCAUACCUUUCUUUCAGUGACAUCGCAAUGAGUGUCUCCAUCCAGUGAAUGAAUCUGCAUUGUUUUGCACCACCUUUGUGUUUUGAAAUCAUCCGUGUGUCCCUUUGUAUGUUUUCAUGAAUACUCUGACCUCUACAGCGCACAUUGUUUCCACCAGAGACAGUUACAGCCUAAAGGCAAUGCCAGAGAGGAUGGAGGUCUCCAGUUACAUGAGCUACUGAGCAGUGUGUGUUUGCUGUUGGGUGAUUAGUAGUUGGGUCAAACGUGGGUGUGGGGAUAUUAAAUAUACAGUAUGUCCUCCUGGCAUGGCUGAAGCGUAUUGGUAAAUGGAGAUGCAGUUAUGCAGUGCAGCCACAAGGUGUUGCUGGAAGAGAACAUUUUGAAAAGAUCUACUGUACGUACAGAGCAAGCAAUAAAGCCAAAUUAAUCUAA